AUAAGUUGAGGAGACGCUGCCUACCGUCACCAGUGUGAUUUAGACCGCAGACAUGACCAGAGUCCUCUUCCACGUCCUGCUGGGGGUCGUCAGCCUCACCCUCCUACACACAGGAGUGGCGGCAGGUGAGCAGUGUGUCGUCAUUACCGAAGACCACGAGUGGCAAGGCAACUAUAUCGCCAACUUCUCUUCCCAGACUGCAGUGCCUUUCAGGGGUCUCAGCAUCAUAUUCACCUUUGAUAAUCCCGUUGACGCCAUGUCCUACUUCGAGGGCGCCACUGAGAAGUUAGACGACACCCACGUCAGGCUGUACAACGACGACAAGUUCCAAGAGACGGGGUCCUUCGUCAACUUCGGGUUCUCGGUGGCCUACUCCGGCAGCGAGAAGCCUCUGGUCAUUGGCGUCGACCUCAACGGCCAAGAAGCUUGUGACGGGACACUAGUCUGGACCACAGAGUCUCCCUACGUCCAGCCCUGUGGAGCCUCGGGCCUGGGGGACAAGUAUGACUAUGGUCAGGCACUGUGCAUGUCCUUCCUGUUCUACGAGGCUCAGAGGUCAGGACAUCUCCCGGAAGACCAGCGUGUUGAACCCUGGAGGUGGGACUCUGCUAUGGACGACGGUGCUGAUGUGGGUCAUAACCUUACUGGCGGCUACUACGACGCUGGUGACCACGUCAAGUUCGGCUUCCCGAUGGCCUACACAGCCACCGUCCUGGCCUGGGGACUCAUAGACUUUGCUGAAGGAUACGAGGCAGCUGGUCAGACGGACUACGGUCGUGCGGCCGUCAAGUGGGCCACUGACUACUUCCUCAAGGCCCACACCGCUGAGUACCAACUGUACGGCCAGGUUGGUAAAGGAGGUAUUGACCACUCUUUCUGGGGUCGCCCUGAGGACAUGUACAAGGAGAGACCUUCCUACAAGAUUGACAAGGAGGCGCCAGGAACUGAGUUGGCUUGUGAAACCGCCGCCGCCCUCGCUGCUGCCUCCAUCAUCUUCAAGAAGGAUGACCCCGACUACUCGGCUGAGAUGUUGGAGGUGGCCAAGGAGCUCUAUGCCUUCGGCGACGAGUACCGUCUGGAGUACCACAAGUCCAUCACUGACGCUGCUGACUUCUACAGGUCGUGGAGCGGGUACGGAGACGAGCUGCUGUGGGGCGCACUGUGGCUGUACCGCGCCACAGGAGACGACACCUACCUCACCAAGGCUCAGGAGGCCUGGGAUGAGUUUAACCUGGCAGAAGACGCGCUGCAGUUCUCCUGGGACGACAAGAAGGCUGGCGCCUAUGCGCUGGGCUCGAUGGUAGACCCAGACAACACUAUGUACGCUGAUGCCCUGAAGGCCUUCCUGGAGUACCUGAAGAACGACGCCACCUACACCCCCGGAGGUCUUAUCUUCCUGGACCCGUGGGGCUCCAACCGUCACGCCGGCAACGUCGCUUUCCUCUCUCUUUGGGCGGCCAAGUACGGAGACCCAGCAGACGCGGACGCCAACAGGGAGUGGGCUGAGGGCCAGAUUGGUUACAUCCUGGGUGACUUCGGUCACUCCUUCGUCGUGGGCUUUGGUGUAGACCCUCCCUCACACCCCCACCACCGCUCCAGCUCGUGUCCGAUCCCCCCGGACACUUGCUUCCUUAACAGCUGGGGUCAGAACCAGCCAGGACCCAACCCUCACACCCUCUACGGCGCCCUCGUCGGUGGUCCUGAUGACUCUGAUGGCUAUCAAGACAUCCGCUCAGACUACCAGCACAACGAGGUGGCCUGUGACUACAACGCCGCCUACACUGGGUGUCUGGCUGCCCUGAUUGAAACCAGCUAGAGGACGUUCCUAUUGACUUUCAUGUGAUGGCCUCUUCUUUCACAAUGUCUCUCUCUCUCUUUCUCUUACCAAAGAAAACUGAUUUUACAAAAGUAACUGAUCCAAAUAAAAAAUAAAUCCUUUCACUUAUGUCGCCUAGUUUGUCGACAGUUCCAAUGAUAUUAAAUAAAUAAAAAAAAUGAA